AUGUCGGCCAAACGAGAUAUGGAGGAGACAGACGGCGAGACGCCAGAGCCGCAGACGAAACGCGCAAAGACAAACAGCUCCAAGACGCGCCAGCAUCAGCACUCGGGCAUCGAUCCGACGUGGGGGCAGAAAUACGUCUUUUCAAGCAGCGAAAAUGCGACGACGAUUCCAGCAGGAGAGGAGUCGGAGUUUGAGGAUGACUCCGAUGCCAUGGCAUACCUGAUGUCUGUGAGAAAACAAGCCUCUUCUAUACCGCAUCUCCUAGUCGCCGCUCCAAUCCAAAUCGGCCCACAGCUCCCUCCUGGAUUUGACCGAGGAGACGAGUCAGAGGAAGAAGGCGAACUGGACCAGAAAACCGAUGCCAUCGACGAUUUUACCGCAACUGAGCCGAAUGGAUUUUAUGAAGACGGUGCCUACAUAGGCAUAUCAGAAGGGUGGGGAGUCGUUAGCGACCAAGAUGACGAACCUGGCGAAGAGAAUCCCGAUGCUAUUCAAAAGGCUGUUAAUGAGGCAUACUUUGCCUCCAUAUUAAGUCAAUACUAUCGCACCCGCGAGAUCCUUCACUCAGAACUACCCGACAAUGCUGCAAGCCGAUUGUCACGCUCCCAGGCCACAGAGGCCAACUCUUUCUCGCCUUCUACCACAAAAUUAUGGACCCGCCUCCUGCAGACUACCGAUCCCCAUCCUAUCCAAGUCGCGCUCAUGUCCAAAGACUCGGUGCUUAAGAUUCUCCGGGUAAUGAUUGGCGGCAAAUUUCUACAAAGCGGACACAGCAUCCCUCAAAGAACGAGUCACUGGCUCUGGGCAUUGCUGGCCAGGCUUCCUGACGUGGGGGAGCUCAACCACACGGAAAUAGGCUGGAUUCGUGACUUGGGACGACGAGCAGUGCUCCUAGGGAGAAGCUUGGCGGAGAUGGCCGCUCUACGAGAUGAACUUGCAGAGGACGGAUUUGGGGUCAACGAUAAUGUCGACGCUAGCAGCAGCGACGAGGAAGUUGUGGCAGAAGCUGUUGAAGAAGGGGAUGAAGAUGAUAAUGCUUCCGCAGCCGAUGCCACGGUAAAUGGCCCACCUGAUACCGAAGUUGGCGUCCUAGAUUCUCCAGCCCCUAUCGCUAUCCCCAACAAUGGAAUCAAGACACCCACGGAAAAGGAUGACAACAGUAUCCACGAUGGAGAGAUUGCAAAGGCCGACAACGGCAGCGAGGAUGAGGACGUAGCAAUGGAUACGGGUUCCGACUCCAGUGCCGAUGAGGGUGAGAUAACCGAACAAGCAGACGACGAAGCGGCCCUAGAAGAGGCCAAGCAGAAGCUUUUAGCAAGGCUCGCCGAGAGCGAAAGCCUACGCCUCGAAGAAGAGCAGCGAAGAAACGCGAGGAUGAACAUGAGAGCCACGCUCACCAUGAUCCUGACAGUUGCUGGUGAGUUUUAUGGGCAGCGAGACCUACUCGAAUUCCGAGAGCCAUUUGUGGGUAUGUAA